GCCCCCGCGCCCCGCCCCCUCACCCACCUAGCUGGGCGGGGCUCGGCGGUCAGCGCAGGUGGCAGUGGUCUGCACCAAGUGGACUUGGCUGUGCCGAGAAUUAAAACGGAGCCCCGGGGUCCUCCAGGAACGCCUCAAAAUGACCCUCCGAGGAGCGGUAGGAGUGAUGUCAUGGCAGCGCGACGACAGGAAGUAAGCUCCGGGACUGCUGUACCGCGCGCGGUCCCGAGCUUCUGAGAGUUCCAGCACCGCGAUCUCUUCUCCCUUAUUCUGGAGGCGAUGGAUAAUGCCUGCGAGUCGCCCACGGAGAAAGGUGGAGAGACAGGGGAGUCCAAUGAGACGGCCGCUGCUCCUGGGGGUCCCGGGGCUACUGACACGGACGGAAUCCCGGAAGAAACUGACGGGGACGGAGAUGGAGACUUGAAAGAAGCUGCGGCUGAGGAAGGAGAGCUCAAGAGUCAAGACAUCUCAGAUUUAACAGCAGUUGAAAGGGAAGACUCAUCAUUACUUACUCCUGCAGCCAAAAAACUGAAAAUCGAUACCAAAGAAAAGAAAGAGAAGAAGCAGAAAGUGGAUGAAGAUGAGAUUCAAAAGAUGCAAAUCCUGGUUUCUUCCUUUUCUGAGGAGCAGCUGAACCGUUACGAAAUGUAUCGCCGGUCAGCUUUCCCUAAAGCAGCCAUUAAAAGGCUGAUCCAGUCCAUCACGGGCACCUCUGUGUCUCAGAAUGUGGUGAUUGCUAUGUCUGGUAUUUCCAAGGUUUUCGUCGGGGAAGUAGUAGAAGAAGCCCUGGAUGUGUGUGAGAAGUGGGGAGAAAUGCCACCAUUACAACCCAAACACAUGAGGGAGGCUGUUCGGAGAUUAAAGUCCAAGGGGCAGAUACCCAGCUCAAAGCACAAAAAAAUCAUCUUCUAGACCAAAGCUUGAAGACCUGGUGCUGAAGGAAGUGCUGGUUGCAGACUUCAGGCUGCAUGACUUUCUGUACUGAGUCCUCCCAGGAUUCCAUGAUGGUUUUAAUGUCUCUUUCAAAACUCUGCUAUUCAUCACACCUACAAGGCACACAGCCUGUUUCAUAUUCACCUGGACUAAAUAUGGGGACCUCUUAGGGCAUUCUGAGGCAUUUAAUUUAGUCGGAAGAAGAAAGGUCCAUGGGCCUUAAGCAUCUUCCGGACAGGGAGCUGCUUUCAGAGAGAAACCCUUUCCGAGAGAACUUGGACAGUUUCACAUUGAAGUCUCUGACAGUUUCACACUGAAGUUGCUAUUACUUAGGGUGUUUCUUACAUCUGGUUUUAAGUAGAUGAAACAACCAGAACCUCUUCACUUGUGAUACUCUUAACAUGAAGGACAUGGUGAUAACAGGAGUGGAACAGUUUGUCCCUGUAAACAUUUACAAUUCUCCUGUGGAUUUUGGUGAAUGAUCAUUAAAUUGUUUUCUAACUUGUCA